AUGGGGUGGGACCUAAGUGGGGCAACUUUCAAGUGUGGGGUGUGGCCUCUGCUUGAGACCUGCCUGGAAGCGGAGAGGCAGCAUAUCCAAAGGGCUGCCUCCAUAGUGUGGAGUUCAGGAGUUUGGAGAUACAUUCCUUCCUUCGGAAGACCCUUGCGUGGCCUAAACAAAAUUAUUGUUAGCGAAGAGUGUCCUCCUUGGACCAAAUCAGGCUAUGUUGGGUAUCCCCCGUUCAUCCUAGCCACAAAGUCUAGAACUUCUUGCUGUCAGAACUGUGACUUACUUUUUGAAUUCCCAAUGCCUGACAUAGCAAUGGGAGCUAAAGAGGAGCUUGUAAAAUGGCAUGCUGCGAUUGGCUUCUGGCAGGAAUGGGAGGCGGGGACCCACCUGGAAGUGCCCCAGCGCCGCUGUCCAGCUUCGGGCGGCGGCGGCCAGCCGAGCCAGUGCCGUGGCGGGGGGCGGAGAGCGGCCACGGCGGCCGCACCUCCCAGAGUGGCCUGCGGUGCUCGGCCCCGCCCGGAAGAUAUCAAAUCACCAAAGAAGAGACCAGAGCCUGUGCAAAUUCAGAAAGGAAAUAAUAAUGGAAGAACUACUGAUAUAAAACACAAAGUACUCGAGAGUCAUGGUUAUCAGAGACUGUUACAGACGAUUGCUGUACUCGAGGCUCAACGUUCUCAAGCAGUCCAGGACCUUGAAAGUUUAGGCAGACAUCAGAGAGAAGCACUAAAAAAUCCCAUUGGAUUUGUGGAAAAGCUCCAGAAGAAGGCUGAUAUAGGGCUUCCAUAUCCACAGAGAGUUGUUCAAUUGCCCGAGAUUGUAUGGGACCAAUAUACCAAUAGCCUUGGGAACUUUGAAAGAGAAUUUACAAAUCACAAAAGACAAACUAGGAGAGUUAAGCUAGUUUUUGAUAAAGUAGGUUUACCUGCUAGAUCAAAAAGUCCUUUAGAUCCUAGGAAGGAUGGAGAGUCCCUUUCAUACUCUAUGUUGCCUUUCAGUGAUGGUCCAGAAGACUCAAACAGUCGUCCUCAGAUGAUAAGAGGAUGCCUGUGUGAUGAUACCAAACCUGAAACAUUUAACCAAUUGUGGACUGUUGCAGAACAGAAAAAGCUUGAACAACUACUCUUGAAAUACCCUCCUGAAGAAGUAGAAUCUUGACGCUGGCGGAAGAUAGCAGAUGAACUGGGCAGUAGGACAGCAAAACAGGUUGCCAGCCGAGUGCAGAAGUAUUUCAUAAAACCAACUAAAGCUGGCAUUCCAGUUCCAGGCAGAACACCAAAUUUCUAUAUAUACUCCAAAAAGUCUUCAACAAGCAGCCCCCUUAAUAAGCAUCUCUUUAAACCUUCCACUUUCAUGAAUUCCCAUGAACCACCAGUGUAUAUGGAUGAAGAUGAUGACCGAUCCCGUUUUCGUAACCACAUGAACACUGCUAUGGAGGAGGCAUCAGAUGAAGAAAGUAUUCCUAUUAUGUAUAAGAAUUUACCUGAAUAUAAGGAACUAUUACAGUUUAAAAAGUUAAAAAAACAGAAACUUCAGCAAAUGCAAACUGAAAGUGGAUUUGUGCAACAUGUGGGCUUCAAGUGUGAUAACUGUGGCAUAGAACCUAUCCAGGGUGUUCGGUGACACUGCCAGGAUUGUCCUCCAGAAAUGUCUUUGGAUUUCUGUGAUUCUUGUUCAGACUGCCUUCAUGAAACAGAUAUUCACAAGGAAGAUCACCAACUAGAACCUGUUUAUAGAUUCUUCAGCUGA